UUUUGUCAUAAGUUUCUCUUUCUGCAACUUGUACAAUUUAAUUUGUUUCUUUUUGUUCAACCUAGCGCCAUGGCAAGGCCGGGGAAUAAGAUCAUUCAAGCCAAGCUGGUACUUCUUGGAGACAUGGGAACUGGAAAAACCAGCAUAGCAUUGCGAUUUGUAAAAGGCCAUUUCUUUCCUAACCAGGAACCAACCAUAGGAGCUGCUUUUUUCACCCAAAUAUUAUCAUUAUCUGAAGCAACUGUAAAGUUCGAUAUAUGGGACACAGCAGGACAGGAACGUUAUCAUAGUUUGGCUCCUAUGUACUACCGUGGUGCAGCAGCAGCAAUUGUUGUCUAUGACAUCUCAAGUGUUGAUACAUUUGUUCGAGCCAAAAAAUGGGUUCAGGAAUUGCAAACACAUGGAAAUCAGAAGUCGGUGAUGGCAUUAGUGGCAAACAAAUCAGAUUUGGAGCCAAAGAGAGAGGUUGAAGCUGAGGUAGGAGAGCAAUUUGCUCAAGAGAAUGGAAUGUUCUACAUGGAAACAUCUGCUAAGACUGCAGAGAACAUCAAUGAGCUUUUCUAUGAAAUAGCAAAAAGACUAGCUAGAGCUUUACCACCAAAGCCUACUGGGAUGAAUUUGAACAGCGAUAUACAAGAUAGAGGGAGAAAUUAUUUUUGUUGCUCAGCCUGAUAUUCCUACGUAAUCAAAUCAUAGAAUAAUGAAUGGUGCCAAGGAACCUUUGACUUCGUUGUUGUAAUACAUUGACGACUGAAUAUUGAAUCACUACUAUCCUUCCCUUUGUAAUUUACUACUGAUCAGGAGUCUAGUUCAUGUACGUAUAUAAUCUUCUUCCAAGUUUGGA